UGCAACGGUAAUCCUUGCUGCCUGUCAGCCUCCGCUCUAAUCUUCGUAUACUUUUGAAUAGUUUAUAGCAGUAGAUAGAAUGUGAAAUGUUUAUGCUGUAUUAUCUAACAAUUAUAGGAAUCAGAUGUAUCAUAUCACUGUACAGGGUAGGGGAAGGGAGCCUAUUAUGAGUGUCGGCUGACAUAACCUUGUGGGGGGGGGGAUUAACGGCUGAGGAUGAAUAACGCGGGUUUUUCCCAACUGAAACUGCAUUCCUCGAAUGACUGACAACUAGAGACCUGUGGAAGAAGAUUACCACGAGGGGCCGAGAAGGAGUUGGCAUUGGACCAGACCAGCCUGACCUCCUGAAGGAGGAGGGACAAUUGGGGGGGAUAUGAUGUGUUAGCCUUAUUCUGUCUCAGAUCCAACUUUAUACGCUGCCAUCAUGACUGUAGCUAGUAAAAGUACUUGUCUUUAAUUCAAAUGAAGUCAAGGUGUUUUCUUUCUUAGCUAUAAUCAGAGGUAGUCUGACAUUAAGUUGGAUCUCACAGCAUGUCUUCUAACCAGGAUUGCAACCGCAAUACCGAGGGAGGAGAGUUUAAAAAUGUGAGGGAGAGCCAGUCGCUGGCUGAAUCGGGGGAGGCGUCCGGAGGAAUUCCUGCUGCCACUUUUAACCCUGAGCUGGAAGAUUGCAGAGAUCGGUGGAUGGAACAACUACAGCUGGAAGAUAAAAGUUGGAAACCAGACACAGAAGAGCUUCCCUCUGGAGUGACAAAAAGGAAGAAAAAAGAGAAGUUUAGGUUUUCGGAUUGGCAGGGAGAGCAAGAGAUAAAGGACAAGCUCCAGUUAGAGGAAGCCUUGCGUCUUUUCCGUGAAGUGAAAGUAAGGCAAGCAGCCCGUCAAAGGAGGAGGUUUGAGGACCCCCUGGCGGAGCAGAAGGCCAAAGGUCGAAUGAAAACCAUCAGGCAAGGGAGGAGACCGGUGGCUGAUUAUACCCAGGAAUUCAGUGAUCUAGUCCCCUUGAUGAGAGGGUGGUCGGAGGUGAUCCUGGUCGACUUUUACAAAGAGGGCCUGAAUGGAGAUCUCUAUGAACUGUGCCGGGCACGAGCGUCUCCAACCACAUUGUAUGGCUGGUAUACCCUGGCAGCAGAGAUGGAAAUUGAGCUAGCGAAGGACCGUAGCAGAAGGCAGCGCACUGGAAGACCGUACCCGGCCCAUUCUCCUGGGUGGCCCUCAAGGGACACGCCUAGACCAGAGGGAGGGAGACAACGAUCGACUGCGUGCUACAGAUGUGGAAAAGAGGGCCAUCGGGCAGCCGACUGUCGAGUGAAGUUGGUUCCAAGCACGACCCCUGGUGGUGGGAAGGAAGCAGUGAAACCAACUGCUAAGGCGCGAAAACCGGCAAAAGUGGAGGACGGCAUUGCCAAGAAGGGCACGCCCAUCCAGGAGGACCGCGAAGCGUCGACCGACACUGAUGACAGCAAAACCACAUCGGAGUCCGACGAAGACUUUCUGGUGAGUUGGGCACGAGGCCCCUUGGACAUUCCACCAACAUCGGACAGCUUCAUUCCUGAAGAAUCCGACAUGUGCACAAGCAGCAACGCGUUUGCUCCCUCCCGCUGA